AGCAAACGAUUGGAUUCAGGCAGUGAUAAUAAAACUAUAGUCAAUGAUAAAUAGUUUGAAAUUAUGUUGGUAUGGAUGAAACGUGAAUGAUUUGCAAAGGAAAAUGAUAGUUAAGGACUUACUAAGAAACACAAACUGUUCUUCACCACUCACUAAACAUGUUAAAGUUUUCCAGUCCGAUGUUCAACGGUCACUGUCAUGAAUUAUUGUGAUGCAACCAGUCAAACAAGGACAAAAGUUUGUACGCAUCUGCUAGAUUUAGACACAGCCUAUUCGACAAGGUGAUUGUGAGAGUGAAAUUGUGGCCAAUUUCGUAAUUGAACUUUUAUUCUACUGGUUUUUAGUGUCAGACAGAAUAAGCUGUAAGCACCUGGCUCGUCCUAGUUUUAGUUUUCCAUCAGUUUCAAUCUCCUUUCCUAGCUCUAACUCUUCAGCUAAUUGAUCAAAAAGCCACCGGAAAACUUCCAGGCAAUGGAACCAACCAAAGCAGAGCACACCUGCAAAUGCCACGUGGUGGCGGUGCCUUAUCCUGGUAGAGGCCACGUCAAUCCGAUGAUGAACCUCUGCAAGCUGCUCUGUUCCAAAAGCACCGAUAUUCUCAUAACUUUUGUUGUUACCGAGGAGUGGUUCGGCUUCAUAGGUUCGGACAACAAGCCUGCCAACGUCAGGUUCAGAACGAUCCCCAACGUAAUCCCAUCCGAACAUGUUCGAGCCAAGGACUUCCCUGGCUUCGUGGCGGCGGUGCUGACGAAGAUGGAAGCUCCAUUCGAGGAGCUCCUUGAUCGGCUCGAAUCCCCAGUGACGGCCAUCGUAGCUGAUACUUACAUGUCUUGGACGGUUGAAGUAGGGAAACGAAGGAAAAUUCCGGUGGCUUCCCUUUGGACCAUGUCGGCAUCCGUUUUGUCGGUUUUUCACCAUUUCAACCUCCUCGUGGAAAACCAUCAUUUCCCAGCUGAUUUGUCAGAGCAGGGAAAUGAGCUUGUGGAUUACAUCCCUGGACUUCCUCAUACUCAUGUAGCAGAUUUGCCAACAAUUUUCUAUGGAAAUGGCCGCCAAACCUUGCAGCUUGCUCUCGAUUGUGUUUCAUCAGUGCCCAAAGCACAGUAUCUUCUCUUCACCUCUGUCUACGAACUUGAAUUGCAAGUCAUUGAUGCUUUUAAAGCGAGGUUACCUUUUCCUGUCUAUCCAAUUGGCCCUAGCAUACCUUACCUUGACCUGAAAGAAAAUUCUUCAAAAAGUACUAGUUUUGGCGACCCUGACUACCUUCAGUGGCUAGAUUCCCAACCUAAAGGUUCAGUCCUGUAUGUCUCGUUGGGAAGUUUUCUAUCAGUCUCUGCUGCCCAAAUGGAUGAAAUUGUAGCUGGGGUGCACGACAGUGGUGUUCGGUACUUGUGGGUGUCACGUGGGGACUCUUCUCGAUUCAAAGACUGCUGUGGUGGUCGGGGACGAGUGAUUCCUUGGUCUGAUCAGCUAAGGGUGCUAUGCCAUUCUUCUGUUGGAGGAUUUUGGACACAUUGUGGGUGGAAUUCCACUCUUGAGGCUGCCUAUGCUGGCGUUCCAAUGCUUACUUUUCCUAUAUUUUGGGAUCAAGUUCCGAAUAGUAAGCAAAUAGUAGAAGAUUGGAAGAUUGGAUGGGGAGUGAAGAAGGACAAGGUAGGAGAACAUUUGAUGACGAGAGAAGAAAUUGCAGAGCUUGUGCGGAAGUUCAUGGAUUUUGACAGCAACGAGGGGAAGGAAAUGAGAAGGUGGGCUGGAAAACUUCGAGAAACAUGUCAACUAGCAAUUGCAAAAGGCGGAUCCUCGGAUAUUAACCUGGAUUCUUUCAUCAAGAACAUCUCGGAAAGGCACACUCAUUAGCUAUUCUUAGUUCUUUACUGAUUUGUUGCCAUAAAUCAUGUGAUCAAUGCUGGUUAGUUUCAUGUGGAUCUAAUAUUUUGCUCAAAAAAUCCAUGUUGGUAACAUUGAAUAACAAAAUUCUUAUGAUCGUGUGGGCAUGGAAUUGCCGUCUUUUCUGGUAUAAAGAACUAGAUUGUUUUCUGAUA